CAGCUAGUGGUUGUGCGUGCGGACCCUGGAUCCCGACGUCAAUUUCUGGGCUUCAUCCUCCGGGGUCAGCUGCGGGGCGCGCUCACUUUCACCGCCCACUUCACUCACACGCCUCCGCGCCUCGGGGCCGAGGUCUUCGGUCCUCCUUCGAGCUUUCCCUGGCCCCCGUCUCUGCCAGGGAGCUGCAGGCGGAGACGGUGAUACUGGCCAGGGCGGAGAAAGGCGAGCGCGCGUGGGCGCGGGGAAAGACGCUAUGUCCACUGGCUCGGUGAGUGACCCCGAAGAGAUGGAGCUGCGGGGGCUACAGCGGGGGUACCCGGUCCCCGCCUCCAAAAGGCCGCCUCUCCGUGGCGCCGAGCGCAGUUACGCCUCUCCUAGUGACAAUUCGUCUGCCGAGGAGGAGGACCCCGACUGCGAGGAGGAGCAGUGCUCUCUGAGCUCAGCAAGCGACUCGGGAGGCUGCAAGAGAAAGAGGCCCCGGGUGGCUGGGAGUGGCGGCACAGGUGGCAGUGCAGGCGGCUGUGGCAAAAAGCCACUCCCGGCCAAGGGAUCGGCCGCUGAGUGCAAGCAGUCGCAGCGGAACGCAGCCAACGCCCGAGAGCGCGCUCGGAUGCGUGUGCUGAGCAAAGCCUUCUCCAGGCUGAAGACUAGCCUGCCCUGGGUACCCCCUGACACCAAGCUCUCCAAGCUGGACACCCUGCGACUCGCUUCCAGUUACAUCGCACACCUGCGGCAGUUGCUACAGGAAGAUCGCUAUGAAAACGGCUACGUGCACCCGGUGAACCUGACGUGGCCAUUCGUGGUCUCCGGACGACCUGACUCUGACACGAAAGAAGUUUCCGCAGCCAGCAGAUUAUGUGGAACCACUGCUUAGAGAGGACUGGAAUUCACUUAAUGGGAUUAUUUCUUAAGCGCGUGUGUUUGGGAGCCGCGGAAAGAAGGGAGAGAGCAAGAGGACACUAGCGAAUGGGUACAAGGUCCCAUAGGAUUCUCCUGGACCUUUCCCCUUGCCUGGAACUGUGAACAGGACAGGUGUCCUGCGACCACGUUUUGUAAUCAGAAAGACCCUCCCUUCUUGUGGCGAGCACGGACCUAGAUCCAGUCUGGGCCCUUAGCUCUCAAGACUCAUCCACCGCUGAGCCCAGCAUCAAAUCGCUUAGGCGCUAGUUUCUGAGCUGAGCCGGAUUUGUCAUAUAUGUGAUGGCAGAAUUCUGCACAAUCUGGGCCUUUCACGGUUAGAGAGAUAUCUUGAUCCGCCUAAAAGUCCAGGCGUGGGAUCCACGUCAAGGCAUGUUUUUAAAUUGCAAAGAAAAGAGAGUGGCAUAGCUGGACCAGUUUUGUAACCCACCAGGCAGCGCCCUCGGAACAGGUGGGACUUGCCACUUCGCAUAGGGCGAGAUGGAGACACAUUUCGGAGACCAGCUCAGGCAGAUUUUGCCAGGCACGUUCUGGGCUGUUCAACUUCCUUGCUGAGGUCUGACUUCUUACUCCCCACAGACUGGGGUCUUUUUUCCAAGCCCCUUCCUCUUUAUAAUUAAUGGUCUACUCACAGGCUCCCAGUCUAAUGGUACCAUUGGAGCCUGGUGGUACCAACCUGGUUUGGGUUUCCUUUGGGCCGCUCCCUUCUCCCUGCUCCUUGAAGUUGCCUCAUUCACUAUGCUGGACUUUCCCCGACAGGCUUCACCCCCACCCCCAACCUCUGGCCGCCCUUCCCCCAUCACCACUUCUGGUACCCAAGUUCUUCCUGCAGCCCAAGUUCUUCCUUGAACAUAGGAGGGCUUCUGGACCUGUUUGGGACCCAUUGACAAUGGUUACCAUAGCGGUACUGCACCGCUGCCAUAAGGCUGCACUACCACAAUAAAUAACAGAUGUAAAUAAAUUUAUUUUUUUAUGAAUAAUAAAAACAUUGUGAAAAUUGUGUGUCCCUAA